CGUGGAAUUCCUUCUUUCUUUCUUUCCUUCAAUUCAUCAACUCUUUAAAUUCCAUAACACUUUCUCAUAACAUUUUUAAUAUUAUCCAAAUAAAACCAUAAUGGAGAGUAGAGAUCAAUUUCCUUCAUUUCAACACUCUCUUAUUCCUAUUUCAAAGAAGAAAAAGAAUAACAAUAAUAAUAAUCAAAGGAGAUUUAGUGAUGAGCAAAUUAAGCAAUUGGAAUCCAUAUUCGAAUCGGAGACUAAACUCGAGCCAAAGAAGAAGAUUCAGUUGGCUAGAGAGCUUGGUUUGCAGCCUAAACAAGUUGCCAUAUGGUUUCAAAAUCGAAGAGCAAGAUGGAAAUCGAAACAAAUUGAACAAGAUUUUAAAAAUCUUAGAGCUGAGUAUGACAAUUUGGUAUCUCAAUUUGAUUCCUUAAAACAAGAGAAAGACUCCUUAGUUUUACAGUUGCAAAGGUUGAAAGAUCUUCUCUUAUCAAAAACUAAUGAAAUGAAAAAGGACAAGAGAUUGGAUGAAAAAGAAGAAGAAGAAGAAAAUAAGUAUCGAAACAUCGAUUCGAAAAACAAAACAGAAACAAGAUUUGAAGACAGAGGAGUACUAAUGGCAACAACAAGCAACUAUAUUGAGGAUUUGGGGCAACAAGGAUAUGAAAAUUUAGAUUCAUUAUCACUUGAAAAUUGGUAUAAUAGACAGUGGUUAAGUUUCUGGAGUUAAUAGAGAAUUUGGAAUUAGAAGAUAAUUUUACUUUUUGAUACCUUUUAAAAAAUUAAUGCAGCUAUAUAGCCAUUGUUAGUUACCAAUUACUAUUUUUAUUAUUAUUUCAAGCUAACCCAGAUUCUCAAUGUUUCACUUGAAUGAGUGUGUUUGAAUAUAGAGCUUAUUAGUUAUGAGAUUAUGAAGAAAUCAAGUGCUUAUUGUGUAGAUGUAUAGUAUAGUAGUAUAUAUUAUGUUUUGGGUAUGUAUAUAUACUUAAUUAUAUGUAAACAAAUAUAUUAAGUCACAGAGAAAAGUUUAUAGUGAGGUUUUAUUUUACUUCAA